AUGAGCAAGGACCUUCCGUUCCGCGAGGAUAACCUCCCCGCCAACCUGACCAGCGCAGCCUUCCCCCUGCCCGUGCCCAAGCUGGACCUCGACUUCCGCAUCGUCGUCGACCUGAACCCGCUCAUCGCCGUGGGCGUCGGCCCGUUCGGCAAGCGCAACUGGAUCUCCUUCUCCGGCGGCGUCUUCACGGCCAAGUGGGGCACCGGCACCGUCGUCCCCGGCGGCCAGGACAGCCAGAUCGUCGUCGCCGAGGACCUGAGCACCGCCGUCGAGACGUCGUACCUGCUGAAGACGGACGACGCUGAGCCUGCGUACAUCACCGUCAAGACGACGGGCUGGCGCUACGGGCCGAGGGACGUCAUGGAGAGGCUGUUCGACCCGGCCCGCGCCAACGACGUCAAGCCUGAUGAGUACAGCUUCCGAUUGAAUGUGAAGAUGGAGACGGGUGAUGAGAGAUACAAGAGCGUCGUGAACACGGCCAUGUGGGUUGGCAGCGGUGCUAGGCUGGGAGCUACUGUCAUUUAUGAUGCCUACAGGGUUGCGUGA